CUCAUGGAUGUCUACACCCGUAUAUGCUCAGCCUUCCGCGGAAGCCUUGCCUUGAGAAGCUCACAGGGUAGAAGUCCGGGUCUUCGAGACCUCAUCAAGCUCUGUGAACGAUCGCAUAGGCGGCUGGAGCAGCUAGGCAUCAGGUCUGGACAUGAGGCGACUCCUGAGAGCUUGCAGGAUGACAUCUUUAUGGAUACUGUUGAUGUGUUCAUCAAGUAUUUGCCGGACAGGACUGUCCAAGACUCACUGGCCGCUGUUGUUGCCGAAGCUCUGCACGUAUCCCCGCAGCGAGCCCAUUUCUGCCUUCAUGAGCGCACACCGGCGUAUUCUGAUAGCGGUAACAGCCUUCAGCUCGGCAGAGAGCGAUGCCAGAAACUCAGAAUUCCAACCGGAUCCAAGUCGAGAACGUCCAACCGAUUCGCUCCUACCAGACCAGCCCUGAAGACCAUGG